UUUAUCAAAGUUUACCCUUCAGCCGUAACAAGUUCAAACAAUUUUAAAAAAGCUUUAGUAGUAAGAACAGUUUUCACAUUCACCUCACACUCAUCAUUUCCAACCACAUAACCUUAAAAAGGUUGGCUCUUUUUUCUUCUUUCAUCAAACCAUUUAAACCUUCUGCCGCCACCAAGAGGCAUAGCUGAAGAAUACUGUGAGAGAAAGAAAAAUGUUAGGAAAAGAGUGCUACACAAACCCGCCAUCAAUCCUAAAUUCCUCUAGUGCGGUUGGCCAUGUUAUCAAUAUCGGUGGUGUUAAUUCUUACGUCACUGGUUCCCCUCUCUCCAUCCUCGCCAUAAUUCUAGUCUCUGAUAUUUUUGGAUUUAAACCACCACUUUUAAGGAACAUUGCAGACAAGGUUGCAGCUACUGGGUAUUAUGUCGUGGUUCCUGACUUCUUCAAUGGGGAACCCUAUGAUCCUGAGAAUGUGAAAAGGCCGAAAGAUGUUUGGUUAAAAGAUCAUAAUCCGGAAAAAGGUAUUGAAGUUGCAAAACCUGUUAUUGAAGCCUUAAAAAGUAAAGGUGUCUCUGCUAUUGGAGCUGCUGGUUUUUGUUGGGGUGCUAAGACCGUUACCAACCUCGGGAAAUCCAAACAUAUCCAAGUUUCUGUGCUAUUACAUCCAUCAUAUAUCAUAGUGGAUGACAUCCGUGGUGUUGAGAUUCCAAUUGCUAUACUUGGAGCUGAGAAUGACAGAGUUGCUUUUCCUCCAAAGCUUGCAGAACAAUUUAGACAAGCCCUAAAGGCUAAACCUCAGAUUGAUAGUUAUGUAAAAAUAUUUCCUAACGUCUCACACGGUUGGACAGUGAGGUACGACCCUAAAGAUCCAAAAGCUGUAGAGGCUGCAGAUAAGGCUCAUCAAAUCAUGAUAGGUUGGUUUCAUAAACAUUUAAAGUGAGAAAUCUUAUGUGAUGUUUGAUCCACCAGUGAAGUCUCACUUAAAUAAAACAACGGUGGAUCACAGUGGGUGGCCGGCAAUAAAUGCUUUCACUAAUUGAAGGCAGAUUGUGCUCCUUUGAUCUCGAAACUGUAACGGUUUUUGUGGAUUUCCAUUUUCAUUUCCUUUACUUAGUCUUGCUAUUUCGAUCCUGUUUUGACAAGAAAAAUGUAUUGUGGAAAUGGGAACAACUAGCAGAUCGAUGGUUGUGCUUUUCUUUUCUUUUCUUUUAAAUUCAUGUUUCCAUCUGCAACAACCUUCUUCAGUUCGUAACAUCAAAUGGGCCUUUUCUUUUAUUUU